CGUGAAUUCGUGACGAGCGGUGGGUAGUAGAGACGUGUUUGCGCCAGUUUAAUUUGCAACACACACACAUACACACAAAACACUAUAAAACACACACAUAAACACCAAAAUAUAAAAAGUGCACAAAGUGAAGUUAAAGCAAUAAAGCAACAAAAAGUGCGUGCAAAAAAACAACAGCAGCAACUAGGCAUCAAUUGCUGGGAAGUGCGUAAAUUGUGAAGCGAGUUGUAUUCAUUGAGAAAACGCAAUGCGUCUCGACACGAACUCAAAUGUGGACUUCAAAGCGUUCGAUUCCAGCUCCAGCACCAGCAACAGCUCAUGUCUUGUCAAAUUGGAUAAUUUGGCCACUUGGGGUGGCUCACAGAAGACGGAUACACGGCUGCCCCUAACGGAUUAUUCAACGCUCGGCGGACCGCGGCACAAUUGCAGUCCCUUUCCCCUAUCCAAAGAUGUCAAUAAUCGUUUUAUUAUUUGGGAUGGCGAUAUGACCACACUGGAUGUGGAUGCCAUCACAAACAGCAGCGAUGAAACCCUGACUGAAAGCAAUAGCAUAUCGGAGCGCAUUAUUGCCGUUGCCGGCAAUCAGCUCAAAGAGGAACUGAGCACAACUGUAAAGGAGUGCCGCAUUGGUGAUGUGCGCGUUACGCGUGGAUACAAUCUGCCAGCCAAGUAUGUUCUGCACACCGUUGCACCCGCCUACAAGGAGAAGCUCAAAACAGCCGCCGAGAAUGCGCUGCACUGUUGCUACAGAAACGUGCUGUGCAAGGCCAAGGAGCUGAAUUUGCGCACCAUCGCCGUUUGCAAUGUGAGUGGCAAUCAGAAGACCUUUCCGGCCGACAUCGCUGCGCACAUUGCCCUGCGCACAAUUCGACGCUUUCUGGACAAAUUUCCACAGCAGGUUGUGAUACUGUGCGUCAAUAGCAGCGAACGCGGCACGUAUGAGGUGCUGGCGCCGCUCUACUUUCCACGCGAUCAGCUGGAGGAGCGCAGUGCACUGUGGCAGCUGCCCAAGGAUACGGGCGGUGAGCUGGGCGAGCCACAGCAUCCGGAUCCGGAUCGUCAGAUACGCAUCAUACGGAAUCCGCAGCACAGUCACAGUGCGCAUAUGCGUCAUCGACACGCUGACGACGAUUCAGACGUUAGUCCACACGACAUGGAGGGCAACAGCUCAGAUCUGGAAUAUGGUGCCCGGGAUAUGAAUGGCCUUAGCCUUAACUCCUACAGCAGCGGGCUGCAGGCGCAGCUACAGCGCGAUCUGGACAGACAGCAUUUGCUGAGCGAUCGGCCCAGAGCUGGCAUCUAUGAGAACGUUGUUGCUGAGGGCAUUGAGGGCAUGGAGCAUCAAGAGCGAUAUGAACGUCUGCUGCAGCGCGCACAAGUUGAGGAUCUGAACGAAGUGUCUGGCAUCGGUUGUCUAUAUCAGAGUGGAGUGGAUCGUCUUGGCCGACCUGUGAUUGUGUUCUGCGGCAAAUGGUUUCCAGCCCAGAGCAUUGACCUGGAUAAGGCGCUGCUGUAUCUGAUAAAACUGCUCGAUCCGAUUGUCAAAGGCGAUUAUGUCAUUGCAUACUUCCACACGCUCACGUCAACUAACAACUAUCCAUCGUUGCACUGGCUCAGAGAGGUCUACAGUGUGUUGCCAUACAAAUACAAGAAGAAUCUGAAGGCCUUCUAUAUAGUGCACCCCACAUUCUGGACUAAAAUGAUGACCUGGUGGUUCACCACAUUCAUGGCGCCCGCCAUCAAGGCGAAGGUGCACUCGCUGCCAGGCGUUGAGCACCUGUAUUCGGCCAUAACAAAGGAUCAGCUGGAAAUACCCGCCUAUAUAACCGAAUAUGAUAUGGCAACCAAUGGCCUGCAUUAUUUUAAUCCUGUGCCGACUGCCUCGUAGAUGUCAGCCAUUGUGGCUGUCUAGAGGCAGCUGUUAACCACCAGAUAUAUAAUACACAUAGUUAUAUACAUUAUACAGAC